AGCGCUGGAGAGAGGACUGAAGCUCACACUAUCAGCACAGCUUCUCAAUGGGGGGAUGCAGCCAAGAGCAGACAGAGCAGUCAUUCCACUUCCGCUGCACGCGUGAGAAGGAGACGACAAGUGAGGAGGGUAAAUUAGCUCCCUGUCAACAGAACAUAGGAGUUUUACUGACGGAGAAGAGGCACUGAAGGAAGGAGAGCAGAUCUUGACGAAUGUGACUGAUACAGCAGUGACAUGAUCAACCUUCCAUCCCUCAAAUCCUGGCCAGUUUGUGACAAAGACCCCUGGGUGUUUUGCUUUUGGUGACUGUUUGUGUUGUCAAGGAUUUCAAAAGACUCCGAGCAGCAGGGGUCCAAAGGAUAUAUAGGAAUUGAAGAACAGCAUUUUAGCCUCUUUUGUGCAGCUUUUGGCUUAACUGGCAGUGGAAUUUCAGGCUGAAACCCUGGCUCCCAAGUAUGGAUGGAUUUAAGACUGAGGAGUGAGUCUACUGGGCAGGCAGUGAUUCUGAUUGAACUCCUUUGCUUCUGAACGCAGUGCUCAGACUCGGCCUUACCAUGUCCUGGUUGUUAGCCAUGUGGAUUAGCCUCGGCUUCCUGCUGUUGUGCCAGGCAACUCUCUACCAGACCAUCCAGCAGCACCAUGUGGCCCGGCCUGGUCGCACUGACAUUCUCACCCUGGAGGGUGGUACGUGUGAGGUGAUUGCUGCCCACCGAUGCUGUAACAAGAAUCGUAUUGAGGAGCGCUCUCAGACAGUCAAGUGCUCCUGUUUACCGGGGAAAGUGGCCGGGACGACACGCAACAAACCCUCCUGUGUGGAUGCGUCCAUUGUAAUUGGGAAAUGGUGGUGUGAGAUGGAGCCGUGUCUGGAGGGAGAAGAGUGUAAGACUCUGCCUGACAACUCCGGAUGGAUGUGCUCCUCUGGGAACAAGAUCAAGACCACAAGGAACACCCAGCCAUACUCCCCUUUUUAGCUUCCGGAAGCAAAAUGCAGAGGAUGCGUCAACAGAAAUUGAGCUGCAUUCUUGCUUCUGUAAAGAUUCAUCCCAGGACCUAACAGAGAGCUCCCAUCGCAGGGCUCGGCGCCAGGCUCUUCCCCUCAUGCACCCUUUCUCUUCUCAUCGAAUGGACUAAAACUAUUACAUCCACGGCUGCUGACUGGAUUACCUGGGACCAUAGAAAGGAUAUCCACCCAGAUAAAACAGCUUUGCCCGCGUGGUGCCAAGGAUUUGAAACCAGACUAAUCCCGUGUUUGAUCAAUGAGCUCCAUGUUGGUGACUCUCCUCUUUCACACAGCUGUGGCCAGUUUCCGACCUACUCUUCCCUCACUCUGUUUCCCUCUACAAAACUGAAGCAGCUUAGCAGGGGAUAUUUAGAGGUUGUUAAAACAUAAUUUGAAGACGUUCUCCCCGCUUGCCUGAGGGUGAACAGGUUGGCAAACUUUGAUAGACCUGAACAUGCAAUCUGCAGAACUGAGGGCACAAAGGGGGGAAAUUACAUUGAUAUAUUUUUAUUUCUGUGUGGAAAGCAUUUGUAUUUGACUCACUCCCUGAGAUGGAUGGCUUUGUUGUGACUGCAAAGAGGAAACUGUCAGCUGUGACUGCUAGCAGCCUAUAACCAGAAUCUCUGAGAGGCUUUAGAGUUCGCCCCCAUGGCCUCACCCUUGUCCUCCAGGAUGAACAUUGUGACUUUAUUUGGUGGGCACGCCCAGUGUAAAUUCAUGAGCACUUCUUUUCUUUGUAUGUAAGAUAAUUUGUGUAUAUAUACACAUAUAUAAAUACAUUACAUGUAAGAUGACAGAUCCAAGAAGCUGAAAAAUAUAUUUACAGAGUUCAAGCCCCACGUUGGAAUCCUGAAUAACCCUUGAAUGUGAUCCGGAGGUUGUUGUCACAGUACAGUGCGUCCAGGACUGCAGGCUUUGCAGUGUACGCUUGCACUGGAAAAAGCCACAAUGGAAUCAUAAAAAUAAGUUCUGGUCACUUCUGUCAUUCAGCAGUGCUGUUGGUUAAUCCAGAAAAUGCUUGUUGUUUCGGUAAAGCUGAGGAAAACACUGUAUAGAACUGCCUCACAAAAAGAAAGCAGCAACACCCACCCGUGACCUUUCCACUCGGAUACAGAGAGAAAAACUCUGACCAUAAUAGGACAAUUCGCUUCUGCAGUGGAGAGCGGUCAUGGGCGAGAGUGUCUGUAAUGUAGAUGUCCCUUUCACACACCAGAGAUGAUUUAUUUAAAGUGACAGUGAGAAAGUAUUAGUCACAAAGGAGAAACAUAGUUAUCCCCCAGUAGCUAUAAGUACAUUACAGGACAGCCUUAUGAGAAAUAAAAAUGGUUUUCUAUACUGAUAUGCCGUCUCCCAUUUCUCCAUAAGGUGACUGAUAUUUUGAAAAAUGUUCCUCUUAUGUCUAUUUGAUAUGUUGUAAUAUGUGGGUGGAAGAUCUCAUCAGAGUUUCAUUUAUUUUAUAUGUUAACAUUGUGAACAGAGUUUUUGCUUGAGUAAACAAGCAAUCAAGAACGGCACAGGACGAGUAUGAAAAUGACUUACGGGCAAACACGCACAGACACGCUCACAAACGCACACCAAGAGAGACGCAUGCAGUAAACACAAACGGAUCUGUGACGCUUCAUUUAUACAAUUCCCUUGCUGGCAGAGGGGAUUUAUCAAAACAGAGCAUUCAAUUCAUUCAUGCAAUUAGAAUAAGGAUUUCCAAUAUCAGGCCAGGCAAAAUUCCAGAUGAUUUUCAAUAUCAACCUCUUCUCUCGGCAGAUAUUAGAUUUGUUUCUUGUCCCAGUGGAUGCACUAGUGUACAUUCAUCAUUUAGGAAUUUGGCUAGUUUUCCAGAGCCUGGUGCCUCACUGAGCAGCCACAGAAGGUAUGAAAAAGACAGAGACAUCAAUCUCCCAGUGGUUUUGCCAGAAUCAUGAGGGAAUAUGGAAAAGGAGAGAGAGAGAGCCUGAUUUUUCCUCCUCAGUAGGUCAUUUCCCUCUUUGUUUUCUCUUAUUUAUUAGGAUUCGC